AUGGGUAUUUGUAAAUGCAUUGCCAAGAGUGCUCAAACUCCUUCUGCUUUAUCUUUAGAAUUUACGUCCUACAAAGAUGCCUAUGAAGGGAAUGGCGGAAAUUUAAGAGACUAUAAGCUUGAAGAUCCCCCUUUAGGAUAAGGUGCGUUUGGUACAGUUUGGAAGGCAGUUCACAUAGCCAGCGGAUAGUUAAGAGCUAUAAAACAAAUCAAUAAACUGAAAGCUAAUGAAGAUGAAUAUUAAUAGAUAAUCAAUGAGGUCAAUAUAUUGAAAUCCUUAGAUCACCCCAACAUAAUCAAAAUAUUUGAUUAUUUUGAAGAAAAUGAUCAUCUCUAUAUAGUUACAGAAUUAUGUACAGGUGGAGAAUUAUUUGAUAAAAUCAUUUAAUCUAAUUACUUUUCGGAGAAAGAAGCAGCACUGGCAAUGAAACAAAUCUUGUCAGCAUUAAAUUAUUGCCAUUAAUCCAAGAUAGUUCACAGAGACAUUAAGCCUGAAAAUUUAUUAUAUGAUCAUGAAGGAGAAGAUAGUUAAUUAAAAAUAAUUGAUUUUGGAACUUCCUUAAAAUACGGGAAUUAAAAACUUGAAGAAAAGAUAGGCACAGUAUAUUAUAUGGCACCUGAAUUGAUUGAUGAAAAAUAUGAUGAGAAAUGCGAUAUUUGGUCAGCAGGAGUUGUGCUAUUCAUAUUAUUAUGUGGUUCACCACCAUUCGAUGGGGAAACGGAUGAUCAGAUUGUAAAAAGAAUAUAAUAAGGAAAUAUAUAUUUCGAACAGUAAUAAUGGAAAUCAGUUUCAAAUGAGGCCAAAGAUUUAAUUAUGUAAUUGUUAAAUAAGAAUCCUAAAAAGAGACUAUCAGCUAACAAGGCAUUGUUGCAUCCUUGGAUAUAAAAAUAUACAUCCGAAGAAUUGGAAGCUCCAGAACUAAAAAAUGUACUUAACAAUAUGAAACAUUUUCGAACCUCCUAAAAAGUAUAAGAGGCUGCCUUUCUGUACAUAGUUAAAUAGUUCAUUUCAAAGGAGGAGAAGUAAGAAUUGCAGAGGUUCUUUAAAUUUCUGGAUAAAAAUGGAGAUGGAGUCCUGACGAAACAAGAAUUAUUAGAAGGAUAUAAGAAGGUUAUAAGUCAAUCAGAAGCAGAGUUACAAGUUGAGCAAAUCAUGAAGUAGGUUGAUAAAAAUGAAUCGGGAUUAAUUGAUUAUUCAGAAUUUGUUGCGGCUACAAUUAAUAAGCAAAAAUUGUUAUAACAAGAUAUUUUAGAGUAGGCAUUCAAAGCAAUUGAUAAUGAUAAUAAUGGAGCAAUCACAGUUGAAGAAUUAAAGCAUAUGUUUGGAGCAGGGAAUAAGAUACCUUCUGAGACCUGGACUAAAUUAAUGGAAGAAGUGGAUAAAAAUGGAGAUGGAGUAUUAUCUUUACAAGAAUUCAAAGAGAUGAUGUUAAAGCUUUAAAUUGAUUGA